ACAGAAAAGCAAUUCAUCUGCAAAAUAUAAUCUUUUUCAGAUGGCAUUCUUCCCGUUUACACCACUUGAUUUUGGAGUCCAAGGCGGCUUGAGUCCUCUUGAGCUUGAAGAUUUUGACAAAGAAGACUUAUUAAUGUCCAAUGUUGGCAAGGGAGACCAUUCGUUUGGUCUAGAAGAUCAGCUCGGAGAAAUGAAUACUCUUUCUUCCGAACAUGGUCUCUACCAUGACAGCAAGGCUAAGAACGGAGUAGUUGUAUCCUAUUUUUCCAAAGAUCAAAACCAACACCUAGAUCUUGACCACCAGCAACAACAACAGCAAUCCAAGCCGAGCUUCUUGAUAUUGGAUAACUUCAACUUUGAGACUGUUUCUUCUCCACAUGGUUUCUAUAAUGCCAACAAGUUCUGGAAGGAUGACCAACAACAACAGUCCAAGUUAAGUUCUUCAAGUCUGGAUAAUUUCAGCAGCUUUGAUUAUAGCUUUCCCGCAGGACAAGUUACACAACCAGUUGAACAAGCAAUGGCGGAGCUAAGAAACAAUUAUGGUAGAGCGUUCAAGAUGUUGAAGAGGGAAGGACAAAGCAGUGGCAUGAUAGCUAAAGGUAAUGAAAUUGAUCAGAACAACAACUAUGUUGCUAAUGUUGUUAAUGGUACACAAAAACUGUCCACCGAAGAGGUCAUGAGGAUUGCAGGAGCAAGGUAUGUGCAAUUCUCUAGUCAGAGGUAUGAAGACAUUUACAUGCCUAUGCACCAUUUUGGCUAUGCACUUACAGGUCUUUGCGAAGAAGAGACGGAAGAUGUAGAAAUUGCUCACUUACUAUUAGCUGCAGCAGAGAAAGUAGGCUACAAACAAUUUGAACGAGCAAGCAGAUUGCUUAGGCACUGUGAAUGGAAUGCAUCCUUCAAAGGCACUAGUACCGUGCAGAGAGUUGUGUGCUAUUUUGCAGAGGCGCUUCAAGAGAGGAUCAAAAAAGAAACAGGAUUGUCUACAUUUAAGGGAAAUCAAGAAAGGUCUCAAUAUGUAAAUGGAUUGGGAGCAAACCUUGCAUACAUCUCAUGCCACCAAGAAGUCCCAUUCCAUCCAGUACUGCAGUUCGCGGCAAUCCAAAAUAUUAUCGAGACUGUUGGAAAUGAGAGAAGGAUCCAUGUGAUUGAUCUUGAAAUCAGGUUUGGUGUGCAAUGGACAGGAUUUAUGAAAGCACUAGUAGAACGAGAGGGCUUCCCUGUGGAGCUUCUUACUAUUACUGCUCUAGGAGUUAGAGGCAAACAAAAUAUAAGGGAGGCAGGGAAGAGGCUGGCAAGCGUUGCAAAGUCUUUGAACCUACCUUUUCAAUUUAAGGAAGUUAUUGUAUCAGAUAUGCAAGACAUUAAGAAUCAUUUGUUUGAUGAAAUUGAAGAUGACGAAGCUGUCGUUGUGUACGCGCCAUUAGUACUGAGAACAAUGAUAUUAAGGCCUAGGUGCUUGGAGAACUUGAUGAAGGUGAUGCGUAAUAUCAAUCCUUCUUUGAUGGUGGUCAUUGAGGUGGAAGCUAACCAUAACUCGCCAUCAUUUGUGAACCGUUUUAUUGAUGCAUUGUUUUACCAUAGUGCAUUUCUCGACUGCCUUGAAACAUGCAUGAAACAGAACAAGUACAAGGUGAUCCUGGAAGACAUGUUGCGCGAGGCAAUUCGGAAUAUAGUGGCAGCAGAAGGUAGCGAAAGGGUUGCUCGGAGUGUGAAGAUGGAUGUGUGGAGGGCUUUUUUUGCCAAGUUAAAAAUGAUAGAAACAGGCUUUAGUAACUCAUCAUUGUAUCAAGCUAGUCUGGUGGCUAAUAAGGUAUGUUGCACAAGCAGCACAACACUCGAUAGGAAUGGAAAAGGUCUCACUGUUGGAUGGAAGGGUACCCCAAUUCAUUCGCUUACAGCUUGGAUGUUCCAAUGAAGGAAUGGAGAGAGAUUUCUAACAAAUGUAACAUAAUGCUUAUUAAUGACAUGUAUGUGAAUAACAAAUUAUAUGCA